CGAGCGAGAGGGAAGAAACAAGAUGGCGGCUGAAGGCGAUCCGGAGUGGGGCCCCAGCAAUUCGGAUUGAGCCUUCUCCCUCCACCCGCUUCCGCCGGCCGGGCCCCUCCCGCCCGGCCCCGCGGGCCUCCCCACCCGGCCCCGGCGCCCCCCACCGCCACCCCUCCGCCCGCCCCUCCCCCCUCCGCUUUCCCUUCUCCCCCCGCCUCGGCUCCGACAUGAGGGGCCGGCGGGGCAGGCCGCCCAAGCAGCCCGCGGCUCCCGCUGCGGAGCGCUGCACCCCGGCCCCGCCGCCGCCGCCGCCUCCGCCCACGUCCGGACCCAUCGGGGGGCUCCGCUCGCGGCACCGCGGCAGCAGCCGGGGCAGGUGGGCCGCCGCCCAGGCUGAGGUGGCGCCCAAGACGCGGCUGAGCUCGCCCAGGGGGGGCAGCAGUAGCCGGAGGAAGCCGCCGCCGCCGCCGCCGCCGGCCCCCCCCAGCACCAGCGCCCCGGGCCGGGGGGGGCGAGGAGGCGGGGGCGGCAGGACGGGGGGCGGGGGCGGCGGCGGCCACCUGGCCCGGACCACCCCGGCCCGGAGGGCCGUCAACAAAGUGGUGUACGAUGACCACGAGAGCGAAGAGGAGGAGGAGGAGGAGGACAUGGUCUCCGAGGAGGAGGAGGAGGAGGAGGAGGACGGCGACGCCGAGGAGACCCAAGAUUCCGAGGACGACGAGGAGGAUGAGAUGGAGGAGGACGACGAUGAUUCCGAUUAUCCGGAGGAGAUGGAAGACGACGACGACGACGCCAGUUACUGCACGGAAAGCAGCUUCAGGAGCCAUAGCACCUAUAGCAGCACUCCAGGUAGGCGAAAACCGAGAGUACAUCGGCCUCGUUCUCCGAUAUUGGAAGAAAAAGACAUCCCGCCCCUUGAAUUUCCCAAGUCCUCUGAGGAUUUAAUGGUGCCUAAUGAGCAUAUAAUGAAUGUCAUUGCCAUUUAUGAGGUACUGCGGAACUUUGGCACCGUUUUAAGGUUGUCUCCUUUUCGCUUUGAGGACUUCUGCGCGGCUUUGGUGAGUCAGGAGCAGUGCACGCUUAUGGCGGAAAUGCACGUCGUGCUCUUGAAAGCGGUUUUGCGCGAAGAGGACACUUCAAAUACUACCUUCGGACCUGCUGAUCUGAAAGACAGCGUUAAUUCCACGCUCUAUUUCAUCGACGGGAUGACGUGGCCGGAGGUGCUGCGGGUGUACUGUGAGAGCGAUAAGGAGUACCAUCACGUUCUUCCUUACCAAGAAGCAGAGGACUAUCCCUAUGGACCAGUAGAGAACAAGAUCAAAGUUCUGCAGUUCUUAGUCGAUCAGUUUCUUACCACCAAUAUUGCGCGGGAGGAGUUGAUGUCUGAAGGGGUGAUCCAGUAUGACGACCACUGUCGGGUUUGCCACAAACUUGGGGAUUUGCUUUGCUGCGAGACAUGCUCGGCUGUGUACCAUUUGGAAUGUGUGAAGCCGCCUCUCGAGGAGGUGCCGGAGGACGAGUGGCAGUGUGAAGUCUGCGUAGCGCAUAAGGUGCCUGGUGUGACCGACUGUGUCGCCGAAAUCCAAAAAAACAAACCGUACAUUCGACACGAACCUAUUGGCUAUGACCGAAGUCGAAGGAAAUACUGGUUCCUAAACCGGAGACUCAUAAUAGAAGAAGAUACAGAAAAUGAAAAUGAGAAGAAAAUUUGGUACUACAGCACAAAGGUCCAACUUGCAGAAUUAAUUGACUGUCUAGAUAAAGAUUACUGGGAGGCAGAACUCUGCAAAAUUCUGGAAGAAAUGCGUGAAGAAAUCCACCGACACAUGGACAUAACUGAAGACUUGACCAAUAAGGCUCGGGGCAGUAACAAAUCUUUUCUGGCGGCAGCUAAUGAAGAAAUUUUGGAAUCCAUAAGAGCCAAAAAAGGAGACAUUGAUAUUGUUAAAAGCCCAGAAGAAAUAGAAAAGGACAAGAAUGAGACUGAGAAUAAUACCUCCAAAGAUGCUGAGAAAAGCAGAGAGGAGUUUGAAGACCAGUCCCUUGAAAAAGAUGGUGAUGACAAAGCACCAGAUGAUGAUCCUGAGCAAGGAAAAUCCGAGGAGCCAACAGAAGUUGGGGAUAAAGGUAACUCUGUGUCAGCAAAUCUUGGCGACAACACAACAAAUGCUUCUCCAGAAGAGACUAGUCCCUCUGAAGGGAGGAGUCCCGUGGGGUGUCUCUCAGAAACCCAUGAUAGCAGCAACAUGGCAGAGAAGAAGGUGGCAUCUGAGCUCCCCCAGGACGUGCCAGAAGACCCUAACAAGACCUGUGACAGCAGUAACACUAGUGCUACCACUACCUCCAUCCAGCCUAAUCUGGAAAACAGUAACAGCAGCAGUGAACUAAAUUCUUCCCAGAGCGAAUCUGCUAAGGCAGCUGAUGAGCCUGAAAAUGGAGAAAGAGAGUCUCAUACACCUGUCUCUAUUCAAGAAGAGAUAGGUGAUUUCAAAUCAGAGAAGUCUAAUGGAGAGAUAAGUGAGUCUCCUGGAGCUGGAAGAGGGACAUCUGGGUCAACUCGAAUUAUCACCAGAUUACGGAAUCCAGACAGCAAGCUGAGUCAGCUGAAGAGCCAACAGGUGGCUGCUGCAGCCCAUGAAGCAAAUAAAUUAUUUAAGGAGGGCAAAGAGGUACUGGUAGUUAACUCUCAAGGAGAAAUUUCACGGUUGAGCACCAAAAAGGAAGUGGUCAUGAAAGGAAAUAUCAACAAUUAUUUUAAGUUGGGUCAAGAAGGGAAGUAUCGAGUCUACCACAAUCAGUACUCCACCAAUUCAUUUGCUUUGAAUAAGCACCAGCACAGAGAAGAUCAUGAUAAGAGAAGGCAUCUUGCACAUAAAUUCUGUCUGACUCCAGCAGGAGAGUUCAAAUGGAAUGGUUCUGUCCAUGGGUCCAAAGUUCUUACCAUAUCUACACUGAGGCUGACUAUCACCCAACUGGAAAACAAUAUCCCUUCAUCCUUUCUUCAUCCAAAUUGGGCUUCACACAGGGCGAAUUGGAUCAAGGCAGUUCAGAUGUGUAGCAAACCCAGAGAAUUUGCAUUGGCUUUAGCUAUUUUGGAGUGUGCGGUUAAGCCUGUUGUGAUGCUGCCAAUAUGGCGAGAAUCUUUAGGACACACCAGGUUACACAGAAUGACAUCAAUUGAAAGAGAAGAAAAGGAGAAAGUCAAGAAAAAAGAGAAAAAACAAGAAGAGGAAGAAACGAUGCAACAAGCCACGUGGGUAAAAUAUACAUUUCCAGUUAAACAUCAGGUUUGGAAACAAAAAGGAGAGGAAUACAGAGUUACGGGAUAUGGUGGUUGGAGCUGGAUUAGUAAAACUCAUGUUUAUAGGUUUGUUCCUAAAUUGCCAGGCAAUACUAAUGUGAAUUACAGAAAGUCAUUAGAAGGAACCAAAAAUAAUGUGGAUGAAAAUAUGGAUGAAUCAGAUAGAAGAAAAAGUCCACGAAGUCCAAAAAAAAUAAAAACAGAGCCUGAUUCUGAGAAAGAUGAGGUAAAAGAUUCAGAUGCUACAAAAGGAGCAGACCAAAGUGAAAUGGAUGUUUCCAGGAUUGCUGAGAAGAAGGACCAAGAUGUAAAAGAAGUUUUAGAUUCUGACAAUGAUAAAUCCUUUAAGGAAGAACCAAUGGAAAUAGAUGAUGAUGUGAAAACAGAGCCACAUAUAAAUUGUCAGGAAAGUUCUCAAGUAGAUGUGGUCAAUGUCAGUGAGGGUUUUCAUCUAAGGACUAGUUAUAAAAAGAAAAUUAAAUCAUCCAAACUAGAUGGACUUCUUGAAAGGAGAAUUAAACAGUUUACACUGGAAGAAAAACAGCGCCUUGAAAAGAUGAAGUUGGAGGGUGGAAUUAAGGGUAUCGGAAAGACCUCUACAAGUUCUCUGAAAAGUCUUUCUGAGUCUCCAGUAAUAACUAAAGCAAAAGAAGGGUGUCAAAGUGACUUGCUUAUUAAACAAGAACAAAGCCCUAAUGCAAGUAAUGAUAAAUCUGAAGAUUUGAUUCGGGGAUGUUCACAGAGCGAUUCCUCAAUUCUUGGAAUCGGUGAUCCUGAUCAUACAACAAACAAACUUUAUCCAAAAGAUCAAAUGUUAGAUGACGUCUCCAUUCAGAGUCCAGAGACAAACUGUCAGAAACAAAAUUCUGUUGGAAAUGACAUAGAUGAGAGUCUCUCUGAACCUACCAGUAAAGGCCAGGAACCUAGUAAGAUUAAAACCAAAGGAAGUGAUUUUCUCGUUGAUGACUCCAAACUAGCCAGUACAGAUGAAAUUGGUACUUUGAUCUAUAAGAACAAAAAACCACUCAUACAGGAGGAUAAUGACACCAUUGUUUCUCCUUCCCAGAGCCCUUCACUUCCAUCAGUACCUAAAAGUAUCGAUGAUAGAGAUAUCCCAUCUCUGUCAAAAGCAAUGGACUUUGAAGGAAAACUGGGAUGUGACUCUGAAUAUAAUAGCACUUUGGAAAAUAGUUCUGAUACUAUGUCUAUUCAAGACAGCAGUGAAGAAGAUAUGAUUGUUCAGAAUAGCAGUGAAAGUAUUUCUGAACAGUUCGUAACUCAAGAACAAGGUAUUGAAGGCUUGGAACCAUUGAAACGUGAGUUUGUUUCAGAUCAGUCCACUGGAAACUGUGACAAGAGACCACAGAGUAAGGUAACUGAAGCAAAUGGUAAAAAAACAAGUCAAGAACAGAAAUUAGAGGAGAGAUCAGUUAAAUGUAUUGAUCAAGUCAAUCUAAAAAGUAGCACUGACAAAAAGAAUAAUGAAAAUCGAGAGUCUGAAAAGAAAGGACAGAAAGCGAGUACCUUUCAAAUAAAUGGAAAAGAUAAUAAAUCUAAAGUAUAUUUGAAAGGGGAAUGCUUGAAAGAAAUCUCUGAGAGUAAAGUAGUAAGUGGCGAUGUUGAACCAAAGCUUAAUAAUAUAAGUAAAAUAAUUCCUGAAAAUGAUAUUAAGUCUUUGACCAUUAAAGAAUCUGCUGUAAAGCCAUUCAUGAAUGGUGAUGUCAUCAUGGAAGAUUUUAAUGAAAAAAACAACGUGGAAACAAAAUCAUGUUUACUGAGAUCUUCUGAUGCUGGAGGUGACUACCAGGAUGGCCUAGAGACCCUGCCUUCAACCAAAGAGUCUGAGAGUAUACAUACUACCACACCUCCACUGUCUUGUCCAGAAAGCAGUUCAACAAAUCAGGUAGAAGAUAUGGAAAUUGAAACCUCAGAAGUUAAGAAAGUUACUCCCUCACCUGUUACUUCUGGAGAGGAAUCUAACCUCAGUAAUGAUUUUGUUGAUGAAAAUGGGCUGCCUACCAGCAAAGAUGAAAAUGUCAACGGAGAGUCUAAGAGGAAAACAGUCAUCACAGAAGUCACCACUAUGACAUCCACAGUGGCCACGGAAUCAAAAACCGUAAUCAAAGUAGCAAAAGGUGAUAAGCAGACUGUGGUCUCUUCCACAGAAAACUGUGCCAAAUCCACUGUCACGACCACCACUACAACGGUAACAAAGCUUUCCACACCCUCCACGGGCAGCAGCGUGGACAUCAUCUCUGUGAAGGAGCAAAGCAAAACUGUGGUCACCACAACAGUGACAGACUCACUGACCACUGCAGGAGGCACUCUGGUAACAUCUAUGACCGUGAGCAAAGAAUAUUCCACAAGGGACAAAGUGAAACUCAUGAAGUUUUCAAGACCCAAGAAGACUCGUUCAGGUACUGCUCUGCCAUCCUAUAGAAAAUUUAUCACCAAGAGCAGCAAGAAGAGCAUAUUUGUGUUGCCUAAUGAUGACUUAAAAAAGUUGGCCAGAAAAGGAGGAAUCCGAGAAGUCCCUUAUUUUAAUUACAAUGCAAAACCUGCCUUGGAUAUAUGGCCGUAUCCUUCUCCUAGACCGACCUUUGGUAUCACUUGGAGGUAUAGACUUCAGACUGUAAAGUCCUUAGCUGGAGUGAGCCUUAUGUUACGGUUACUGUGGGCAAGCCUGAGAUGGGAUGACAUGGCAGCCAAGGCUCCUCCAGGAGGAGGGACCACACGGACAGAAACCUCUGAAACUGAAAUCACAACGACAGAGAUAAUUAAGAGGCGAGAUGUUGGUCCUUAUGGCAUUCGAUCUGAAUAUUGUAUCCGGAAAAUCAUUUGCCCCAUUGGAGUUCCAGAAGCACCAAAAGAAACACCUACACCUCAGAGAAAAGGCCUUCGAUCGAGUGCAUUGCGGCCAAAGAGACCAGAAACGCCCAAGCAAACUGGCCCUGUUAUUAUCGAAACUUGGGUAGCCGAGGAAGAGUUGGAAUUAUGGGAGAUCAGAGCAUUUGCUGAAAGAGUGGAGAAAGAGAAGGCACAAGCAGUUGAGCAACAGGCUAAGGUUAGUGAACAGAAGAAGGCAGAGGACUUCAAGGCCCAAAUGGAGGCUCACCUCAAACAGCAGCGCUUGGCUGCCCGGCAGAAACGAUUGGAACAGCAGAAGCCUACAGCAAUUGCAGCUUCCACCACUUCCCCAACGAACAGUACGACUAGUACCAUCUCCCCAGCGCCGAAAGUGAUGGUGGCCCCCAUAAGUGGCUCCGUUACAACCGGAACUAAAAUGGUACUAACUACCAAAGUUGGAUCUCCAGCGACAGUGACAUUCCAGCAAAACAAGAACUUCCAUCAGACCUUCGCUACGUGGGUUAAGCAAGGCCAGUCAAACUCAGCCACCAGCACAGCUGCCACAUCUGCUACAACCAUUGCCAGCACAGGUCAGACGUUCCAAAUUACAGGCAAUCCAGUCACUAUGGCAGGAAAAGUAAUUACCAAACUGCCACUUCCUGCAAACAGCAAGAUUGUCGCUGUAAAUGUGCCAGCAACACAAGGAGGCGUUGUUCAAGUACAGCAGAAAGUCCUGGGUAUCAUUCCAUCAAGUACAGGUACAAGUCAGCAGACCUUUACUUCAUUCCAGCCCAGGACAGCAACAGUCACAAUUAGGCCCAAUACCUCAGGCUCUGGAGCAACCACAAGCACUUCACAAGUAAUCACAGGGCCUCAGAUCCGCCCUGGUAUGACGGUGAUUAGAACACCACUCCAACAGUCAACACUAGGAAAGGCAAUUAUUCGAACACCCGUGAUGGUACAGCCAGGUGCCCCUCAGCAAGUGGUGACCCAGAUCAUUAGAGGGCAACCCGUUUCCACCGCGAUCUCUACCCCUAAUGCAGUUUCCUCAGCACCAGGACAGAAAGCAUUAACUUCGGGAACAUCCAGUGCAAAUCUGCAGCCUUCACCCUCCCCGGCCCCUCGUCCCCAACAGGGACAGGUGAAGCUCACCAUGGCUCAACUCACUCAGUUAACACAGGGCCACGGCGGCAAUCAAGGUUUGACAGUAGUAAUUCAAGGACAAGGUCAAACGACUGGACAGUUGCAGUUGAUACCUCAAGGGGUGACUAUACUCCCGGGCCCAGGGCAGCAGCUGAUGCAAGCUGCCAUGCCAAACGGUACUGUCCAGCGGUUCCUCUUCACACCUUUGGCCACAACAGCCACAGCAGCCAGCAGCACCACCACCACCGUUUCCACUACGGCAGCAGGUACAGGUGAACAAAGACAGAGUAAAUUAUCACCCCCGACACAGGUGCCACAAGCCAAAACCUUGCCACCAGCUCAGUCAUCAAGUGUGAGUCCUCCAGAAGCCCAGCCACAGACUGCUCAGCCUUCAGCUCAGCCCCAGCCCCAAACCCAGCCCCCGUCCCCAGCUCAGCCUGAAGUGCAGACUCAGCCUGAAGCUCAGACCCCAACAACUGUUGCAUCCCAUGUCCCUCCUGAAGCACAGCCCGCCCAAGCACAGUCAUCCAAACCCCAAGUCGCAGUACAGUGUCAGCCUCAAAGUAAUGUCCAAGGACAGUCUCCUGCUCGCGUCCAAAGUCCACCACAGACUCGAAUACGUCCAUCGACUCCAUCCCAAGUGUCUCCCGGACAGCAAUCCCAGGUUCAGACUACAACCUCACAACCGAUUCCAAUUCAACCACAUACAUCUCUUCAGACACCUUCCCAGGGCCAGCCACAAUCACAACCCCAGGUGGUGAUGAAGCAUAAUGCUGUAAUAGAACAUUUAAAGCAGAAAAAGACCAUGACUCCAGCUGAAAGAGAAGAGAAUCAAAGAAUGAUUGUCUGUAACCAGGUGAUGAAGUAUAUUUUGGAUAAGAUAGAUAAAGAAGAAAAACAGGCAGCAAAAAAACGGAAGCGCGAAGAGAGUGUGGAACAGAAACGUAGCAAGCAGAAUGCCACCAAGCUCUCCGCGCUGCUCUUCAAACACAAAGAACAGCUCAAAGCGGAAAUACUAAAAAAGAGAGCGCUCCUGGACAAAGACCUACAAAUUCAAGUGCAGGAAGAGCUCAAGAGAGACCUGAGGAUUAAGAAAGAAAAAGACAUGGUGCAGGCCACAGCGGUAGCGGCUCCCUCCCCCGCAGCGCCGCCUGCGCCUCCGGCCCCUCCGCCUUCACCCCCGCCUCCGCCUCCCCCACAGCACACGGGCCCCCUGGCCACGGCCACGGCCACGGCCACGGCCACGCUGCCUGCCGCUUCCCAGAAGAGGAAGCGAGAAGAGGAAAGAGACUCGAGCUCCAAGUCCAAGAAGAAGAAAAUGAUCUCUACUACCUCAAAGGAAACUAAGAAGGACACAAAGCUUUACUGUAUCUGUAAAACGCCUUACGAUGAAUCUAAGUUCUAUAUUGGCUGUGAUCUUUGUACUAACUGGUAUCAUGGAGAAUGUGUUGGCAUCACAGAAAAGGAGGCUAAGAAAAUGGAUGUGUACAUCUGUAAUGAUUGUAAACGGGCACAAGAGGGCAGCAGUGAGGAAUUGUACUGUAUCUGCAGAACACCUUAUGAUGAGUCACAAUUUUAUAUUGGCUGUGAUCGGUGUCAGAACUGGUACCAUGGGCGCUGCGUGGGCAUCUUGCAGAGUGAGGCAGAGCUCAUUGACGAGUAUGUCUGUCCACAGUGCCAGUCAACCGAGGAUGCCAUGACAGUGCUCACGCCGCUAACGGAGAAAGAUUACGAGGGUUUGAAAAGGGUGCUGCGUUCUUUACAGGCCCAUAAGAUGGCCUGGCCUUUCCUUGAGCCAGUGGAUCCUAAUGAUGCACCAGAUUAUUACGGUGUUAUUAAGGAACCAAUGGACCUCGCCACCAUGGAAGAAAGAGUACAAAGACGGUAUUAUGAAAAGCUGACGGAAUUUGUGGCAGACAUGACCAAAAUUUUUGAUAACUGUCGUUACUACAAUCCUAGUGACUCGCCUUUUUACCAAUGUGCAGAAGUUCUUGAAUCAUUCUUUGUACAGAAAUUGAAAGGAUUCAAGGCUAGCAGAUUCUGAUAUCUUUAGUCUGAAUUUUUAACUGGAAUCAGAACUGGAUGUUGGGGUCACUCUUUCUUUUAUUGUUCCACGUGAUUACCUAAUUCAAAAUUGCCCCCCCCCACAAAGUUCAUACUAGUUAAUUUAAUGUUUUAAUGUUAAAAAUAUAUGUACAGUAGUAAAUGGUUUAUUCUAGCGGCCAUGUUGAACAAUGUACUUAAGAAUUGUAAACUCCUGGAAUGCUGUAUUUAUCCACACUGCUGCAGUAGACCGCACUCUGACUUAGUCCUGGCGGCUGUGCAGGAGUGUGGUUUUUACUAACGAAAGUUGUGAAUAAAACUGUGAAACUAGAGAGGAGACUUUCUGGACUUCAAUAGAAAAAUGUGAUUUUAAUACUGCUAUUUCUUUUUUUUUUAAUAUAAUUUUUUCUUCAUAUUCCCCGAAUCAAUGUAAAUAAGCAUGUACGUACGUACACACACACACACACACACACACACACACACACAGACACACACAGACACGCACACACACACGCGCGCACACACACACACCUUUACCACAAUGGUAAUGCCUCUGUAAAUGUUUCUAUCUGUCCCAUUGGCUAAAAAUGUAUAAUCUUUAUUAGAUGAAUAUAUAUAUAUAUAUAUAUAUUUUAAUAAUGGCUUUUUCCAGUGAACUAUCAUGUUUCAGUGUACAGUGAAAAUUUCUAUUGUAGGUUAACAGUUUCUUACUUGUUCUCAUAUAUUUGCUUGCCAAGGGUAAAUGAAAGAACAUGGCUGCUUCUUCCCCCAGACAGACUGACCUUGGCAUCCACAUAAAGCAUCAUUGUUUUCAAAAAUGAAGGGUGCUUAAUUGUUCCCUUUUUUCUGUAUUCUGUAGGUCUCAUAACAACAAACUGCAGUCUACAGCUUCUUAAAGUUCAGCGUGUUAACCUAACAUAAAACACAGCAAGAAUCUGGUUGUCUGAACUAUUUUAAAUUAAGGAGCCAGAUGUUUUUAGUCAGGUUAUCCUGACAAGACUUGACCUAAACUUCGUUUUUAUUGGUCAUAACAGUCCAAUUAUAUUCUUGGCCAAUUUUGUCCAACGGACAAGGGAAAAGCAAAGUCAACGACACCAUUAUCUUGUCAAGAUCAAAUGGUUUUACUAUUGUGGCAGAAGCGGGAAAACUUUGUUUAUUGAGAAAAAAAAAAAAGAAAAAAGAAAGCAAGAAAAAAAGAUAAUAUGGGGUCAAGUGUAACUCCAUGGAAAUGCCACGUCUGCUCUUCAGUGAAGAAGCUGGUUUAGUCUCACAGAAAACUUUUGACUGUAUUUAUUUAUUGUUGCAAAAAAGAUGCUUUUUUAUUGCUGCCCUCAUUUGUCAGCUAAUUAUUUUUUCUUAUAAAAUUCAGCCCCGGUUUCAUGUAAUCCAUAUCUUAUCAUGAUUCCUGUAGGUAAAAGUACAAGACGACCUCUAGAUGUCUUUUCUUUCUAUGAAAGGAGCUGCUAUGUACACAUGUGCACACAGACACACACACACACACACACACACACACACACACAACUGGGAAUCAACAAUGAGUUUAUUGUUCAUGGUAGAUAAAAAUUAAGCUUGCAUAAAGGUUGGGCUAAGUGGUCCUGGACUACAGACUCUGUUGCCUUGAAUAUAACAGUACAAUUUGUCAUUUACUCUGCACCAGGCUAAACUGAGUAAAAUCUAUUUGAAGGUAUCUUGUUUGUAAACAUUUGUCAGAUUCUAAUUUUUUUUCUUUUUGUAUUAAAAUUCAACUAUGGAUGUAUAUGAAACAAAAUAAAUGGAGAUCAUUUUUCUCCCACAGAUGGUGUCUUUGAAUGUGCGCUAAUGAUUAUCUGUAAGCCUUUGAGGGGAAAGGGAGGGCCACAAGGUAAACAAAAGGCCGACGAACUUCAUUGUACCUGAGUUUCUCCAGGAUGAUAGUGGCCCUUCGUUUUAGAAUUCCCAGCCCACUGUCACUACAUCCAAGAAAAAUCUUCAGGGGUGCUAAUCCUGUUGUAUCAAUUGAUCGUACUAAUAAAAGAGGUAAUGUGGCAAAAUACACAUUGCCCUCAUGUGUACGUUAUAUCAUACCAGGCAAAUUAGCAGUUACGGACAGCUACUUCUAUUUUAUGAAGGGCGUUUUUUAGAUGACAUGAUCCAUUUUGUAUUUUUUGUUUAUUGGUUGAGUCGUCUGGGUUUGGGGGGUUUUUUGUUUGUUUUUUUCCUCAUAAAAAGUAGUGUAAGCAAGUAUGGGAAAAGAUGGAAACAACAGAGGAAGGUAUACUUUGCAGAUUUUUCCUUUCGGUGUUCUCCCCUUCCACGUUGUGUUACUGUGUUGUGAUAAUCGCUUCUGUAACAUCUGCCGUAGGUGGUUUGUGGAGCUUUGCAAAAAUUUUACUAGAUUUUGCACUAAUGCGCAUUAGCUUUGUCCUACCGGUUUCUGGAAUUUGUCUAAUCAUGUUUUUAAAGUUUCCUUCUGUUUAAUAUCACCCUGCUAUGCAAAGCCUUUCCCAGACCUUAGUUUCUUAAAAGAAAGAGGUGGCUCCAGUUCCCAGUUCUUCCUUAUUACAGACUCAGGUGUGCAGGUGUUCUGGGUUCAUUUUAUCUCAAGAAGCCCAUUCCUUUUUGUACAUACGAAUGUCACUUAAAGCUCUGCUUACAAACUUAAGGAGACUAACUGCUCAAUAUGAAAACGUGGAAACAGAGUUUUUGCUUAAAAUACUAACACGGAAGUAGUCAAAUACAGGUUAUUUACAGGUUAUUUUGUCCUUUUACUUUUCAAGAAAAUGUUACCUAUUGUAUGCACUGUGCUGAUGCAAGAGUCCUACAAUUUAAUGAAUUAUAAAAUUAUUCUGCAUCUCAUCACGUCACAGUAUUUCUGUACUAUUUAUUCAUAUAUAUAUAUAUAUAGAUAUAGAUAUAUAUGGGCUUAAUCAUUUAAAACUUGUUGCGGCAAGAACUUUCCUACCUGUAGGCAAUAGAUUGCUAUGUUUUUAACAGAUUGUGGCAAAUUCUAAACAGCAAUUCUUUUUGUACGUAAUAGGACGUUUCAUCCUAGAAAAAUAAAGUAAUGUUUUUGACAUUGGAUUUGGUGCAGUUUCUAAUGAAACAGUGGUUGGUUGGUUGGUUGGUUGGUUGAUAUAUUUUCUGUAGCCAUUGGCAUUGCCAAAUUGUACCAAAAAAAGGUAAAUUCUAUGGGGAUCCUCAGACCAGGAAGUUGUUAGUUUCAUGUGUGCAUUUAACAACAAAGCCUUUGGCAAUUUCUGCCACCAUAUAAAUAGGCAUUUUAUAGUUUUAUCAACUUAAUAGAGCUUCAGUCUUUCAAAAGUCAUUUUUGAAAAACAUACAUUCUUAUGUAAUGAAUUUCACAAGCUGCUUUUCUACGAGUAUUCUCUGACAGGCUCCUCCUAUUCCAUAAGAUACACGUAUUAUAGCUGUUUCCCUUUCAAUAGUCCGAGUAGUAGAAUGCACAUUUGUGAUACGUGGUUAGGGUUUUUCUACUUCGUCUUGUAAAUAUAUUGAAUUUGCAUCUAGUAGGUGUCCUUGGCCAAAAACUAUUGGUGCUUGGGGGUCUCAUCUGCCAAGUUCACAGUCCUUGAAAACGUUUCAUAAUAAUAAGUAUUUUCAUAAUAUCGGUAAAGCUUUUUUCUCCCAUCCAGAUUCUGCAGGAUUUGUAUUUUAGCUAAUGCCCUGCAAUAGGUUAAAAAAAUUUUUUUGUGAACUUUCAGAGCUAUUUUCUAAAGUAAAACAAUGCCUUUUUAUACUUUAAAUGGCCUGGAGUGUUAGAGACCCUGAGAUUUUGCCGUUGUUUAUAAUCUACCUUCCCGGAAUCUGUAAAUCGAUGUUCUUCCCCUCUUUGUAUUCAUCUUUGUGUGUUUCUGAUAUUAAAGGAGCCAGCCUCGUGGUGACCUUUUAAGUGUGCGUGGACGGGCUGAGCUAGACACAGCUGCACGGUAGCGGUGGCGGCCCCUGCUCUUUCCGUGAUUGAGGGUGUUCCCCGGAGGCGUCCAGUUUAGUCCUGAAUGUGAGAAUGGCGCCACCUCAUGGGCAAAGCAGUGUCUUAAGUGUUUGGAGGGGAAGAGCCAGCUGAGAAGUAUUUUUAAUAAUGCGAAGUAUUCUGAUACUUCUGGAUAAACUACUGAGAAAGACGUUUCUUAGAAGAUCACACCCCAUUUGAUCCAAUUUGGACCAAAUUCAACUAAAGAAAAGCUCUAUUUUUUUAAAUAAUAAAGUCCCAGACUUGAAACGGGGAUUGUAAUUGCAAUUGGUAGGCCAGUUUUUAGGUGUCUGCAUAUAGGCUGUUUGAUCCACCUUAAGAACGAUUGAAGGAAUUUAAACAAACAGUGCCAAAUGAUGUCUUUUAAAAAGUUAAAAGUCAGUACCCAAAAAAGGCAUAUAUUUUUUUAUAGACCUGAAAGCAAGACAAGUACUUUUUUUUUUUCUUGAGUUCUAACAGCUUAAUUCUAAGGAGGGAUGGUACCGAGUUCCUCUCGAAGGCAAUGGAGUGUUCUAUUGAGAGACUACUGCCAGCGCACAUAGUCUUUUAGUCUUUGGCGCACAAACACACGUGCUAAGAAAAAUCUAUCAGGGCAAAAGGAUUAGGAACUACAAUGAAUUUGCUACUUAAAUGUUUCCAUAAAAUUACAGAUGGUGGCCAAUGAAAUUCUUCUUAACCUUUUUUGCCCAACUUGGGAUUCUCCGUCUUACCACCUCCUGUGCACACACACCCCCGCCCAUCACUGCUCUCACUGGAGCCUCACUUGUCUCUCGUUGCAACCUGGUCUUGAACAAUGGCCAUAACCCUGGGCAGCUCCUAAAAAGCUGGCCUGCUUGUGUUUGCCGGGACGUACGCACUAACCGUAUGACCACGCGUCACACAGAUCACACAGUUCUGCCGUUUUGUGUGUUUCCAAAACUCAGAAACUAUCAUCAAAUCAGUCUAAUCAAACCCUAACCCUAACCCUCAGGCUUCUGUCAAAGUGAUGUGUUCCCCUCCCUUUUAAUCCAAAGCUAUUUAUAGAA